AUGGUUACCGUCGCUGCCGGUGGUGCAGUUGCAGUUAAACAAAUUUGUGUUAUGAAUAAGCUGGUACUGUGUUGCCCUGCAUUCCUGCUUUAUUUCAAUGUUAGAGCAGUACGUAGAAGACGUAUGGUAAUGAGAAAGUAUGAGAAGAAGUGA